AUGCCGCGCAGGUCGUCGCCCUCGGUGCCGCGCACGGCCUCGGUCACCUCGACCACCUCGACCUACCGGUCGGGCAAGCUCCAGUUUCCCCUGCCCGACAACUAUUUUCCCCCGGUGAGCCUCUCGCUGGCGGAGGUGCAGCAAUACCAAGCGCAAGUGGAGGAAAUGGUGACCAAGGGAAUGGCGUCAUGCUUGGACCACGAGGCGCGGGUCGCCGGCUUCGGGCUGGAGGACGAGAGGCGGUGGCAGGAGGUCGCGCGCGACGGAGACCUGUCGAUUGUGCGCCGCAAGAAGGGCUCAACGACCAUCACGCGCACGUUCGGCACAGUCACGGGCGACUUUCGCCGGCUUGUGGGCUUCUUCUCGUCCGAGACGUCCGAGCAGCUCUUCGCGUGGAACCAGUUCUUCUUCGGCUGUGCUGUUGACGCCGUUGUGCUGUGCAAGAUGGACCUGGACAAGUCCGAGACGCAGGCGACUCUAGGCAUCAAGUGGACCUGCAUGCAGCCUUCGGUGCUCACCAAGAAGCGCGACGAGUGCUUCCUCGAGUACAUUGUCUUCAGGAAGGACGAUCAGGGCCGUGACGCCGCGGUCAUUGUCCGCAUGCCCGUAGAUAUCCCGGAGUGCCCGCCCCUGUCGCAAGAGCUAAAGACCAAACGCGAAAAGGUCACGACCGUCCUAGUUGUACGCGCGUCCGAUUCCCACCCGAACGCUACCCAGAUUUUCAUGCUAACCGAGUGCGAGAACAAGGGACUCGUCACGUCUACCAAGUACUGCAAGAAGCUGCUGAAGGCUCUGAAGGACGUGUCUCUUUCAGCCGAUGCCAAGCGUAUCGCCACUACUAUUAGCACGCCUGGAUUCGUGGAGCAGUCGCGGGUUGGCGGUGAGCAACAGGUUUUCGGAGACAACAUCAAACCGUGGGUGCCCACGGGCAUUCGCAAUACCUGUACCAGUUGCACACGGCCAUUCCGUGCUGGUCACAGGCGUCGCCACUGCCAGCUCUGCGGGGACGUCCUCUGCUCCAAAUGCCUCGUUCGACGCGCCGGCAUUCGUCAGGAGAAGAACGCCUUCACCAACUACAUCGCAAUGGCCAGCCAGCGGACGUUCCGCGUGGCGCAGGCGUUGUAUUGUAAGGUGUGUGUUACCCGCUCCCGUGAAGAGGAGGCGGAAGUGCUGCAGGAGCAGGCUGAGGCAGCUCGGCGUUCCUUGGCUUCUUCCAAGUCGUCAGUGCCUCGCCGGUCGUCAAUGGGAUCAUCCACGCAGCCGCAAAGCUCUCGUUGCUCGACCCCGACGUCGUCGGCGCAGCACAACUCGCAGGCUCAACAACAACCCGACGUGACUCGACGCAGCGCCACUUGGAUCGAGAAGAACCGCUCAUCGUGGUGGUCCGAGAACGAGUCCGAAACCGGCAGUUGGAAGUCUGGAUCCGGCCGCUUCAGCUCCAUCUCGCGCAACUACAGCGGCGCCCCCACCGUGCGCUCAUCAGUCAGCUCGGACUACUCGCUUGGCAGGAACUCCUUCAUGGCAGUGCAGUCGCUCCAAACUCCGCGUGAGGUCGAGAAUGAACAGACUGAUGACCACGUCGACGUGCGCCGCUCCAGCAUCUACGAGGUGAUCGACACCAAGGACAUGGUGCCCGAGAAGCAGCUUCGAAGCAAGCAGUCCUCGGUUUCGGCGUCGACGGAUGAGAUGUCUGACGACGACUUCUACAACGAGUUCCCUGACACGGCUCGUGCUCGAUACACUUCGACGCCCGUCACGCCGACUUUCAUGUCGUCCCGCUCGACCGGCCGACGCACGCGCAGCACCGACCAGGGCGAGAACACCAGCUCCUCGAGAUCGCUUGACCAAUGCCUCGCCGAGCAGAACGAGCUCCUGCAGCAAGUGCUGAGCGCGUGCGGCCAAGCUUCGUCCUUCAGCAGUAACAGCGGCAUCAUCGAAGACGACGACGACGAUAGCCACGAUGAUGGCGUUUAUGAGCUGUAA